AAACCCGGGAAGGAAACCUGGCAACAAGGGCCUCUCUGUCCUGCAAGCCUGGCAACUGCCACACCACCCCAGGGCUGGCUCCGGACACAGCAGUCCAGGGGCGUGGGGUCGUUCUGCAUGUUCUCCUCUCAUCCUGAAGCCAGCCUCCAGGAGGUGGACAAGCCCACUUCAGGGAAGCCCUGCCACCAUGCCAGGUGGCCCUGCUGCAGAUAUCUGAGGACCAGCUACAGAGUGUGGGCCGCGGCCUCCUGCCCUCCACAGUCACCUCACUCGUCCCCAUGAUGCUGGACUCAUCAGUGGCAGACCAGAUCACCCGCCUGACACUGAGUCUCUUGGAGCAGAAGCUGGAGCAAGAGCGAGAGAACAUGGAAGGGGACUCAGAAGGCUCUUUCUUGGUGCCAGGAAAGGAGGCCAGGCCAGAUGAGGCCCUGCCCCGUGCUCUGAGGAGGAGGAAGGACCUUCUACAGAGACUCUGGGAACAGCAGCUUCUAGAUGAGCACCCCCAGCCCCGCUGCUGGAGGGGGCCACCCGGAGGAGCCCACAGGUCAGCCCUGUACCCAGAAGUGCCUCCCGUGGGCAUCUACCAGGCCGCGUCUCCACCCCUGCAGGCCCCUGAGCCUCUGAGGAUCAUCCAGCACCCGGUUCCCCAGCCUCCUGCCACCAUCAUUCAGCAGCUCCCUCAGCAGCCACUCAUCACACAGAUCCCUGCUCCUCAGGCCUUUCCCACUCAAAGGUCAGGAAGCAUUAAAGAAGACAUGGUGGAGAUGAUGUUGAUGCAGAAUGCGCAGAUGCACCAGAUCAUCAUGCAAAACAUGCUACUCAAAGCCCUCCCACCUGCAGUAGGGCCUGGGGGACCACACACCCCGCAGCAGGACCUGCAGUGGGCACGCCAGGUCAUCCUGAGAGCCCAGAGGCAGAGGCCAGCCCCAGUGCACCAUCACCACCACUAUGCGGCCCCAGUCCCGCUGCAGGCUAGCCCCAUGCCUGGCACCCCUGUUGGUUAUUCCACGUGUCCUCCAGUGGUCACGGCCACAGCCCUCCCAGCGGCCAACAGCUUCCUGCCUACCAUGCGCCAUGUGGCUGGCCCCACGGUGGCAAUGGACGGUGAGCUACCCUCACAGGCUCCAGGAAUGUGAGCCCCUUGCUCCAGCUUGGUAAGCAGCAAGGUCUUCACCCUCCAGGGCCACUGGAAAAACCAGGUGAAUGCCUCACCCAGGUGAAACACAAAUUUCGUCCGGAAAGAAUUCAAGAAAAACACAGUUCAGGGUUCUCAAUAGAUAAAGAUUAAUAGCUUUAGCUACAUAAAAAUUUAAACAUUUCUAUGGGGGAGACAUAAGAAAGUCAAAUUGGAGUGGGGGACGCAGCUCAGUGGUAGAGGGCCUGCCCAGCAUGCUUGAGGACUGCGCUUGAGCCCCAGCACCACCUCUCACACUAACAUGGUGUGGGAAGGCCUGUUUGUCAUUCAUGUGAAGCAGUCUCCUCCCGUUCCCUUCAAGUUAAGCCCUAUACACGUGCAUAGGCUGCAGGCACCACGGAUCUGCUCAACGGCUUGCCCAUCUCUGCAAAUCAAAAGCAAGUGCCUGAAGCUCCUUCUGCAGAGCAGGUGGGGGCGAGGUAGGGGGAUAGCUCCUCUAGUCUGUUCCUCUGGGUCCUGUCACUGGUUCUUAUGUGUGCAUGAUACCCGCUCGCUUUACAGAAAGCUGUUUAUUACUCUUUUUGGUGGAAUUUUGUUCCAUUCAUGUUUCGAUGUUGUUUUUUAAAGUCUUGAUUUUAAGUAUUCUGCAUCAGUGUUCAUUCACUUUCUUUUAGGGUAAUUUCCUACUCACUAAGCUCUUCACCAGCAGAGUGCCGACAUCUGCACCCUCAGGGCCCCUGGUUGGAGCAAGAUGAGCAGGGCUGACAGCCACACCCGGGCUUCUCUCCUGGCUGCCCUGGCUCUCACUGCUUCUCAGGACUGUCAUCUAUUCUACCAGGCACAGCUUCCUGGCAGAUGAAAGAUCUGACGCCCACGGGAACACACAUGUUGACACAUUCCCCCCAGCCAGCUUCUGUGGGUGCAGCCCUUUCUCUCAGAGGCACCUCGGCGCUCUUUUGAAUGUGACCCCAAAGACUACUCUUGUUAAAAGCACGGACAGAAAGGCCCGACCUGAUCUGUUUUCAGGCCAACUUUUCCUUUCCUUUCUCCCCCACCCAGGGCUGACCCCAGGCAAGGCAAAUGCUCCAAAACUGAGCCCCAUCUCCAACCCUUUUUACUUUGAGACAGGGUCUCCCCAGGUGGUUCAGGCUGGCCUUGCAGUUGCCAUCCUCCUGCCUCAGCCUCUCAAAUCACUGGGAUUGCACACAUGGCCACCAUGCCUGGCAUCAUGCUGACCUUUUCUUUUUUCUUAAGAUAUUUUAUUAGUUGUCGAUGGACCUUUUGUUUCAUUUACUUAUUUACAUAUGGUGCUAAGAAUCGAACCCAAGGCCUCACACAUGCUAGGCAAGCGCUCUACCACUGAGCCACAACCCCAGCCCCACGCUUUUUCUAAUGUCCUUUGUUUUUCUCUCUCAACAUAGUUGUUAACUUGAUAAAAGGAAGAAAUCUGGCCACAUUGGUGGUCUCUGGAUGGACUGGCCUUACUGAGUUAACAGGGCCGAAUGAGCUUCCUGGCUCUGUGAGCUCUGCUGCUGACCCGCCUGCGGGAGCACACUAGGGACAGGAACUCUGCACCUCAGCAGGGAAAGGCUGGAGAGCCCAGAAGAUCCCGAGGUGGGCUGGAGCUGCAGGGGCGGCCUGAGGACCUGCAGUGUGGCAGGUGGCGCAGGGCUGCUUACGGCUGGGCCGGCCUGUGGUCUGUGAGGGAGGGGCUCACUGUGCACACCUGUGGCCGGUAAGACAGAUGACAUUCCUGAGAGGCACUGAAGAGGACCCAAAGGGCAUGAAAGACCACCACACAAACUGCAGGAGCCUCUAGGCACCAGCUCAGCACAGACUUCAUGCAGCUGUCAUCCGAAUCCCAGACGCCCCGACACUAGCUGGGCUCAACUUGGGACACAAGGCAGAUGAAGGGCCAAGGAGACCAAGUGCUUCCUGGAGUAGACAAGAGGACUGUCCUUCCUGGGUGGCCAGGUUGGGCCACAGCUGUUGACACACCACAGUGGACACUUCUGCAUCUACAUUAGGAGGACCCUUGAUUGUGCUCUCUGUUAGACACAGGGUGGGUUUUAGGGAUGUAUAAAGGGCUAAGAUGUGGCUCA